AUGAAUCGAAUUUCUGAUGUUUUUGGCUCUUUUAGGUAUGCGUUCAUGACCGAUUGGGGUAGUUUGCAGCCGAGCCUGUUGCGGAUCGACAUGGAUGGCGCAAAUUUCAAGCGCAUCGUCAACGUAAGCAUCAUAUAUCCGUAUGGUAUCAGCCUGGAUUUUACGACGCGACGCGUCUAUUGGCUGGACAACUACCUUGAGUACAUCAGAUCAGUGGAUUACGACGGCAAGUACAAGCCGAUCACAAUCGCCUAUGGCCACAACGUGAAGAGUCUACAUUCACUGACGUUGUUCGAGAAUUACCUUUAUGCAACUGACUACUUCAAGAAUUCUGUGCUUCGAGUGUCGAAACGCAACGGUAGCGCCAUCAAAUCGUUCGUUCAGCGUGACUUCAUGCGCGCCUACAGCAUCAAGGUCUUCCACCGUCAGCGCCAACCAUCAGUUAAGCAUCCGUGCUCCGUUAAAAAUGGCAACUGUGCGCAUAUAUGUUUGAUCUCGUACGACUACGCCAGCCACUCGCCGAUUGCUAAGUGCAUUUGUAAGGACGGUUUCAAGUUGGGCGACGAUGGUCGAAGUUGCUUCGAGGCCCUGCAGUUCCCGUUUCUGCUUUUUGGCGGCACUCAUCCCGGCACGAUCAUGGGCAUUCCGGUGGAACCGCCGAUGGCCGGCUUCCAGACGCUUCAACCAGUUCGAAACUUGGUCCGUCCGACGGCCAUCGGACUUUUGGUCAACAAGAGCGACAUCUAUUUUUCAGACGCUGCCAAUUUUACUAUACAAAAAGAAAAUCUGUAUUCUCACAACCGGCAGAUGGUGAUCGGUGCAGGUUGUCACGUGAUGCCUGACGGCUCGUAUUGA